AUGGCGCCCACUACGAGUAAUUCUGUUGCCGUCUAUAACAUCGUUGGUCAAAGGGAACAGCCCUCUUAUUCUAGGCAAUGCCUCAUCCGCUCAGAUGACAACGGUUUGUGGAAUGCAUGCAAAGCAUGGUAUCUGUUCUUCAUCCACAUCGGGUUAGCCGUUGCUAUCAUGGUGCUGGUCAUACAGAUAGACGGUCGACAGUUCAAGAUUGGAUCCGGCUCAACUCUUUUCACCUUCCAUUCCCGACUAUACCAGGCACAGGUCACAGGUCUUCUUUCUUUAGCACUCGUGACACUCAGACUUGUUGCUGGGACUGGGUCUGCACUGCUUGCCUGGAGAAUCAUCUUUAUCCUCCUCGAGAAGCGCGGUGUGACUCUUGUAGAGCUGAAGCGUCUACUGAGUUUGCGAGUCCCAAUCAUCCCAGCUGGAAGGGCAGAGAUAUCGCUGCGUUGGUCUCUUUGGGCAACAGCUGCCAUCAUAUUGAUGUGGCCUCAUGGCUUUGCAGCGCCACUCGCAUCUUCUUCACUCUCAUGGAUACCUGGUAUCACGCUACUCGAUAAAGAGACACCAGCGCUAAUUGGAACACUUGGGCCUUAUACUGAUUGUCCAGCCAUUCUAUACGAUGACACGCGGGCAACAGCGGUUAUAAGUGCCGCGGCAAUGACAGCGAAUGAGCCUGGCUACGCUUUCAAGCCAGAGCUUAUUCAUCUACGAAGAUACUUCAACGCAAGUAAAUAUAUGCCAACUGGUAGUCGAGUCAACCUUCCGCUCCCUUACUUUGUCGCUGACGUGCGAUGGGUCGACGCAUCAAGCAACAACCGGUCGAUAUAUGCUGGAAACGCCGAGUACUCCGAUGUCGGAAAGCCUGUUGGGAUUAGACUAGUGGGCGCAACAUCUAUCAUCAUGGAUCAGAACUGGAGCCCUCAGGGUAAGUCACCAGCAAACGCGACUAUCUUCAAUGGUACGAAGCUGGUUGCAGCCCAGCUCCCCGGGGUCGAGCCUUUUGGGGGUCCUCUGGCGCCCGGUUCUGCUAUCAGCGAAAGGGAUAGAUGCCGGACAACAACAAAGCAGUUCGGAAAGCUCCCUGCCGUGGCCCAGCAUCAGGUUCAGAUUAUAAAUGGAGACAAGGAGAUUGUCUACUACGACUGCUACAUGCUCGCGGAAGUAGCGGUAACAGCAGGAAUAUACCCAGCACGAGACUCUGAGGUUGUCUAUUCUGACACUACAUCGCAAUCCUACGCCACCUGUUCGGUAAAGCGAAACGAUGAGGCUCUUGAAGGGGACUGGCUCUCUAGUCUAGCUCUGGACUUUACGUCCGAAACACUCAAGUACACCGUCCUGCAGAACUUCAGUCAACCCUGGAUCAGCCCGAAUCUGGAUGAUUAUGUGACAGGCAUGCUGGCUCUGGGAUACCACGCGACUUGGAGUGCCUUGAUGAAAAGACUAGGGAACAAAACCGGACCUAUAUCUUUCAAAUCUCCUGAGCCUGUUGUCUUUGUCGCAGUAGACAGAUUCAAGCUCUAUAUCUGGCUAGGGAUGAACACCACUCUUAAGUUCUCUGCGAUUCUUGUUUUUGGUGCGAGCAUGACGGCAAAGGCAAAAACUGUUCGUGAUACAGCACUUGCGCCUUUAACGAUGGAUCUUACAGACAUUGUUCAUAGUCCUGGGGCUCGAGGGCUUUGCAAUGCCGCCAGUCUCAGUCGUCAGGAUAAUGAACUUCCUAGGAUGCCAUGGCAGGCAAGUGCUCUGAGAAAUCGGAACGAAAGCGAAGAUGCUGAGGGGAAUAAAUUGUGUAGUAGAAAAGUUGUGUUUGCAGACGAUGCCCCGUCGGCCCGCACCAUGGAUGUCGAGUUAGACUCUCUAUCUGGACUUCGAUAUUAG